AUGGAGCCGGGUGGGGAGGCCCAGGGAGGGCUCGGCGGGGGCAGCCCCGGCUCGGCCUCUCCCGACCCACCCUCGGGGCAGAGGACGCGCCUUCCCGAGCGCCCGCUCUCCCCGCACAGUCCCGCCCGGGCCCGGUACGGACGGGCCGGCGGGUUCCCUGGCCGGCUGUCCCCGGCCCAGCGGCCGGAGCGGCCCCGCGGCGGGGAAAGCGGCCCGGGGCCGGUGCGCCCUGCGGGGCUGCGGGAGGUGAUUGGUGCAGACAGCGGCUCCGACCCCCCGUCCGGCCCGCGCCGGCUCCCGGGCCCGGGGGGUAACGGGGGGCGGGGCCCGCAGCGCCGUGACUCCGCCUUCGGCGCCCGCCCCGCCGGGCGGCUCGGCAGCGCCCUCGCCCGGCAGCGCGGGGCCCGGACACCGCCGGCCCCAACCUACCGGCCGCCGCCAGACCCGCACCCGCCGCUGCGCCGCGACCGCCGCUCCAACAUGGCCGCCCGUGGAGCGCCGGAAGCACCGCCUACUUCCGCUUCCGGCCCCCUUCCGCGGGCCGGGGCCACGCCCCCUUGUCACGGAGCGGGUUCGGCGGCGGCGCCCCGGCCACGCCCCCUGCCCCCGGCCCCGCCGUGUCCAUGGCAACGGCGGCCGGGGCGCCGGUGGCCGGCGGUGCCCCGCGGCGCAUGCCCGGGCAGGCAGGGGGCUCCGGGCGGAAGUGGCGCUGAGCGGAAGCGACGCCGUUUCCAGGUAACGGCGGCGCGGUCGGGGCCGGUUCCGGUGGCGGGGCCGGUUCCGGUGGCGAUGAGCGGCGGGUCCGGGCGGCAGCAGCGGCGGCUGGUGCUGCACGUGGACCUGAACAACACGGUGGUGGCGGCGGACGCGGUGUCGGGACAGGGCCCGCGGGCCGCCCUCAACACCUUCCUCAGCACCGUCACCUGGGGCCGCGCCGGGGCCGCCGGCGAGUGGCAGUGGGUGAGCGACCGGCCGUCCCUGCGGCCGCCCUGCCCCGGCGCCCUCAGCUACUACAGCCGCCACGGCCGGGAUCCCGCCUUCACCGACACCGGCCCGGGCCGCCGCUUCAGCGGCCUCCACGCCCGACACCUGCAGCUGCUGGAGUGGCCGGGCCGGUCGCACGACGUCUUCUCGGUGCAGGGGGAAGCCGGCAAGCGCUACCACCUGCUCCUGCCUGCCUUCUUCCGCCUCCUGGACGCCCUGCACCGGGACGCGAGAGCGUUCGCUGUCGUCUUCAGGACCUUCGGCACCGACCUGCCCCGCGCCCUGCAGGCUGUCAGCUGUGCCCUGGCCGGGCAGCACCCCCAGUUCCCCGCCCUGCGGGACGUGCCGCUCCCGGUGGACCUCACCCCUGGGCAGAUACGCUGCAGCAAGCGAGAGGUGGUGCUGACAAGGGGAGCGGAGCGGCUGACCAGCCGGGAAGGUGCAAGGAAGCUUUACGAAUACUUCAGCUCUUUGGAGGGAAUCAGAGGCUUCCAAGACCACUUUGACUGGUGGGCCAGAAAUCAGUUCUCUUCCCGAGGUGGGAAGCCCCUGUGGAUCGACCCCCAUGAUCCCAGCGUUCACCACAUCUUCAUCGAUGACAACAUCCGGCUGGACGAUGCAGACACCAUUGUUCAUCCCCAGGUGUUUAUGGAGCGGGGCAGCAGGAGCCCCAGGCGCGCUCCCACCUCGGAGCUGUACGACAUUUGCCUGGUGCAGACCGACCUGCUGGAGGCCAUUGCUGACCAGGACUAUUUCCUGCGCUGUGUGAGGAGGUGCGAGGAGAACUACGACCGCUACCUGGCCUGCACGGAGGAGGACACGCUGAGCCAGCAGUGGGAUGGAUAGCGAUGCCACCUCGCAGGGUUGAGGGGCUCUGGAUUGGGAUACCUCUUGCUUCCUGCUGCAUGCAGGCAAAGUCCUGUGCUGGGCUGCUGCUUCGAGCUGUCCCCUCUCCGAUGUGUGAUGUGCCCACCCAGUCCUGCCAGGAACCUCCAUGCCCAAGCACCAUGGGAGCUUGUAUGACUGGAUCCCUGGAGGAAACAGCUUUCCUUUCCUCAUUAGUGCUGUGGGGAGCUGGCUGCCUGCCUGGCAGGGCAGGAGCCACACUAGUGUUCACACCUCCCUUCCUGCUCCCGUACCGGUGGCCGAUGCAGAGUGGGUGCUGGGGUAAGCGCAGUGUUACCGGCGGCACAUCCAGGCACUGAUUGCACUGCGGUGUUGUCCUUGGCAGAGCUAGCGAUGCCAUAUCACUUCUGCCUGUUUUUAAAGCAGACCUUUCUAGCUUG